AUGUUGCUGUCCAGCGGCUCCGUAGUGGCCGCGCAACCAAAGAAGGCAAUGAAUGUACUAAAUAGAAGAAGGAGAGCAGUUGUUCGGCAUCUUUUUCAAGAAAUUGGACGGAGACAAAAAGAAAAACCUACCAUACAAGAAAUAUAUGGAAACGUGUCGGAAAUAAAGCCUGAAACAGCCACAGUAUUUGAAAAGACUGAUGCUCCAUUUUCUCCCGCAGUAGUGCAUGAGCCUCCCCAUAUUUUACGUUGGAAGGACGGGGUGAAGGCGUCAACUGAAGGCCGAUUUGCUACCUCCACGCGAAGAGAGAAGCUGUUACAAUUCGGAUCAGAAAUUGAUGCGGAGGCUGACACUGCCAUAAAAAAGCUUCAACGUACCAACGAUUUUCGGAUUGCUUCACACAUAAUGAGGGACGUCAAGAAAGAAAACAUUUUGGAGACGGCUCUCAGCAAACAGAAGAAUGAUGUGUUGCGACAAUUUUUUGAAAAAGGAUUGCAGGACCCGACAAUGGAGAUAAUGGAUGCGCUACGCGAAGCUAUGGAAACUUGCUUCAAAACCUACUGCAAUCAUCUGGCUCAAAAAGAUCAAAAUCAUAUUGAUCAGGAAAAGAAAGAGUUCUUAAAAGAUGAAGAAAAGGCUAAGCAAGUUAUGCUUGACGUAUUGUUGAGGUGCUCCGAAUAUUUACCUACCGUUUGGGGUGGAACACAUUGUGGAGAUGCCGUUAUAGAAGUUCUUCCAUCCGACAGUGAAAUGACACAAUCUGGAAGGACAGAAACGGAUGUUGAUGCGCUCAUAAAGAACAUGGAUAAUGACAAAGAACUGAAAAAGAUUGAAAGCGACUCCGACUAUGAUGUGGAAAUAAAAAAAGCAUUAGCAUUGCUUGGACUCGAUAAAACAUGUAAGACAGUGAUAACCAGACUUUCUUCGAGAAAGCACAACAAGACGAAGACAACGCAAAGUACUCCCACAGCGAAACGAUCCAAAGAGCAAGUGAGAAAUGAGCAGGUAAAAGUCGACGAGUUUAGAAAAAACUCCGGCGAAAGGCAGGAAAAAAGCGAAUUCAAAAAACUGAGAUCAAAAAUCAUAAGUCAAGGACAAAAAGUCACGAACAAAGCAGCCAUUACUGGGGCAUAUUUUCGCAAGAUAAAUGAGCGUUCGCGUGAAGUUAUAAAGGCACCAAAACCAUCAAAGUAG